UACUCUGUGCAGCCAUAGAUGUGUCUCUCAGCUGCACUGCCUCUGCCUUUCCCCUUCCAGAUGCUGACAGGAUCUGAAUCAUUGGACAGAGAGAAAGAGCUCCUCUCGUAUAUGCAUGGAAACUGGACAGGGGAUGAAUAGCAGAAAGGAAGAAAGAGCAAAGUUGGUUAUUUUUCUGGCACAUGGAUGCAAUUACGCGGAGAACAUUCCAGAGGCGUUACUUUGAAUCCUGAGCAGGUCUGCUUGCCAUUCCUGCGUGGAGAGAAGUAAAAAAAUAAUAGAAAGAAGAAAAGGCUCACGCACAGAGACGGAAUGUCUGCACUUUCCAUCCUGUUUCUAGCAUCCUGUUCAACUUGGAUGUCGCAGGCACAGACAGAAUUUAAGAGGGUGGCUGACGCCAAUGUUACUCUGCCCUGUUACCACCAGCUGCACCUCCUGGAUCCAAUGAGCCUGGACAUAGAAUGGCUGCUGAAGAAUUCCGAAGCUGAACCAAAAGUGGUGAUCACUUACGCAGGAGGCAUCAUCUACGAUCACCUGAAUAAAGAACAAAAGGGCCGUGUUUCAUUUGCUUCCACUUAUCAGACUGGAGAUGCCUCUUUGGAGAUUUCUCUCUUGCAGCCAAGUGAUGCUGGGCAGUACACAUGCAAAGUUAAAAAUGCUGGACAAUAUGCAUGGACCCACAUCACCCUAAAAGUUCUGGAGAAACCUUCUAAACCCAAAUGCUGGAAAGAAGGAGAGAUGUCUGAAGGGAGAGAAAUCACUUUACAAUGCAGUUCUGUUUCUGGCACUUCACCCAUAAUGUAUACAUGGCAGCGUAUAGAUGAGAAGGGAAAAGCUGGGUCCCUGCCUCCCAUGACACACAUUAACUUUUCCAAUCCUGCACAAAUUUUUAUGAAGAAUCUCACAUGGAUGGCUACUGGGUCAUACCAGUGUACUGCCUCCAAUGAAGCAGGGCAGGAGAGCUGUGUUAUAGGGGUGACUGUGCAAUAUGCACGAGCGUUUGGCAUACUUGCUGGGGCAGUCUGUGGAGUGCUGGGAGGGCUCUCCCUAGUUUUCCUGGCUGUGUGGCUGACUCUCAAGAGGAAAGAGAAGAAGAAAUACGAAGAAGAAGAGACUCCAAAUGAAAUCAGAGAAGAUGCAGAGGCACCAAAGGCCCGAUUAGUCAAGCCUGGCUCUUCCUCUUCUGGCUCCAGAAGUUCACAUUCUGGUUCCUCCUCAACUAGAUCGACAGCAAACAGUGCCUCCCGCAGCCAACAGACAUUGUCCACAGAGGCUACCCCCCACAUAACUCCAACGCAACACAGCAAGGUGGAGAUGGAUGGCAGGGGAAUUGAGCCAAAGAAAAUUAACCACACCAACUUGAUGAAAAUAGACGCCACACCAACCAUGGUGCCUGCGCAGAGUCGGGCUUUCCAGACAGUUUGAUCGCUUCCUAUCUAUUCAGGCCCCAGCUAUGUCCAUAACUCACAUACACCACCAGCAUUAUGCAAUUUAGAUUAGCUUGUUUAUCUUUGACGGCAACCCACUACACAACAGACCCUCACUCAGUAUUUUCUUCACAUUUCUGUUCUGAGGUACAGAUACACACUUGAAAAAAUAACUCAUGUUGACUGUUUUGUAAACUUUAUUAUUAUUAUUUUUACUUUGUUUGCUUUUUUGUGAUGACUCUUAAAAGGAAGAAAAGGGAAAGUUGAAAUUGCAGGUGUAACAUGCUGGAGUCUUGAACCAUUUCUUUUAAAGAGGCACAAAAGGUGUAAUAUUCCAAUUGAAUUGUAAAGGGGGAAAUUAUUUUGUACAGUUCAUGAAAUGUAUACAUGAACCAUUAUCUUCUUGGCUGUAGCACCAGUUUUCACUGAUGAAGUUAUUCUGAUCAACUUCAGAAGGCAACUGACAGCUGCUCUGCAUAUAGCCUUUUGCUGAAUUACCAACAGUAGGAACAACAAACCAGAAAGUAAUAACUUGAAAAACAUUGAGAAGCAGCAGUGGACUCUGAAUUGCUCUGUUCACUGGAGGGACCUCCCCUGAACAUGGAAGUGCAUUAAUUUAAGAAGGUGUGUAUGACUGAAGGAAUACAGACAUUAGCCCACUGUGACCAAGCCCAAUUCUGUCCUUAUUUGUAUAAAUCAGAAACAAUUCCACUGAAUUCAAGGAAAUUAUAUCCUAAUAGAUCAUUAGAAUGUGAGAUCACAAUCAAAUCCCCAAAUCCCUUUGCAGGUUUAAAAAGAGUAUCUCAAAGAGUUGUUUAAAACAAAAACAAACAAAAAAUAUAGCACUUGAUUGACUAAUACAGAAGUCUCUGGAGGAAAAAUACGGAGAGUGUGCUUCUGUUCUCUGUGCUAGAAAUAAUGACAUCCAUUUUUAAGAUGAAUGCUGGCAAAGCUGCUGCUCCUAUUUUCAAAAGUCCAGACCAUGAUUAGUAAAAUGUAUAGGUAAUUGUUUGAGAAACCUUAUAGCAAAUUAUUUUGAAGAAAGUACUCAGCCAUGCAAAUGUUAAAGGCAAAGCCCAAUGAAAGUAUAUUUACACAGUGCAAACAAAUCCAUAGAAUUCAAUAGCUGACUUAAAGAAUAUAUUAGUAUUUCUAAAGUAAGAAGAUACUUCUAAGAAUACCACUAGUAUCACAUGAUAUUAGACAUAAACAUCUAACUGGCCUGAUUUAAAAUGUCAACCAUGUUGUGGCUGGUUGUUUUUAAAGCUGUUAUGCCAUGGGAAUUAUUUCAUCAUAUUCUUAAACAGUCAAUAAGAAGAUAGUGGUAGAACCACUAGUCUGAUACAGUACAAGAAUGAUUCCCAAAUGAUUGCUUGAUUCAUCAGUAGAUUAUGUAUUGGAAAUAUAUUGGCAGUGGAUGUUAGAGAUAAUACAAGGGGAUAAAGGAAAGCUGUUUUCUCAAAGGAAAUCAUAGCUAACCUUCCCCCCUCUCCUUCUUCAAAAGUA